ACUGAUAAAAAAAAACCAACAAUAAUUAAUUAAUCGUUCAUCUCGAAAAACAAAUAUUUAUUUUAUUCAUUCAAGUAUUUUUUUUCUAUUUAUGAGUAGUACCUACUGCCUUGAAUAUGGAUCACAGAUAAUAAUAUAUAAUAUACAAAACAUUUAUUGACGAUUCGAAUUAUAGAUACUUUCUGUAUAGACACUUUGAAGCGACAAAGUUUUUUUGCAAUAUGGUGGCUAGAGGAGGCAAAACGAGAUUUAUUGGAUUCAUUUGCAUGGUUUUGGUUUUUUCGGCUGUACUGUACGUGUUUCAUGAAACGCAAGUAGAAUUAGAUGGUGUCCGUCAUACAGCUUCCUCAUGCACGCAUCAGCUAGAGUCAAUAUCAUCUCAAUUACAAGUUAUCGUUGAACAUAAACUAAAAUUAGAGAGGUCAUUAGAAGAAGAAAAACAUGAACAUUUAAAAACGCAGGAGGACCUUAAUGCAGCAAUUCAAGAUGAGAAACAGCUGCGUGAUAAACAAAAUGUUGACUCUAUGAAUCGAUAUAAUGAGAUAGAACGAAGUCAUGAAGUAUUACAGGAAGAAGAAAAAAAUUUAAGAGAAGAAUUAGAAAAAUUGAAAUUAAAAUACUUGGAAGAAGAAAAGAAAAAUAAACAACUUAUUCAAGAAUUAAAUGAUGCACAAAACAGAAUACAAAAUUUCAAGAAUGAAAAAAUGAAAUCUGAAAGUGAAAAAGAAAACUUAGAAAAUAACCAAAAUAAUAACUUACAAAAAUCAAGUGAAUCUUCAAACAUAAAAUUUAUUCAGAAAACAAAUGAUAUUAUGAAUGUUACAAAAUUGAAAAGUGGUUCUGUAACUCCAGCCAUUAAUCCACAAGCAAUUGAUGGAGCUACUGCUAAGAGUUCAACGCCAAUGAUAAGUUCAAAAGUGAUUUCUACAAACAAAUCAUUACCUAUUGAAAAUGAUGAAGCCAAUCCAAUUAAUCAACCUAUUAUUAUGGAUAUCAAUUCUGAUAAAGUACCCAAUAAUGUUUUGGUCUCACAAAAUGAAACUAGUUCAACUCAAGAAUCUCAAGUUGGUGGAAAUGAAUCCAUGAAAGCUAUGCCUGCUCCACCUCAAGAAGAGACUGUUAAGAAAGAUCCAUUAAAUAAGUAUAGUAAUGAAGAAGAAAAAUUAUCAAAACAAAAAAAUAAUUCUUAUAAAUAUGAAUAUGAACAAGAACAUUUCAAAGAAGAUGGUGAGAUCGACAAAGACGAUGAAGAUAUGAACGAUUUUGAUACUAGAGAAGAUGGUCAUCAACAUGCAAAUAAAUAAUUUAAUUUAUAUUUAUAAUUUAAAGAUACUCAAUGAUCUUAUUUCUAUAAAAGCUAUAUUAUUAUGUAGAUUAUAAGUAAUUGUUUAUACAUUUUUUUAUUAUUAUUAAAAGAAGAAAAGAAUAUACCAUUGUGUCAUACUUAAGGUUAUUCAACCAGCUCAAAUUAUUAAAUUAAAUUAUGGUUGGAACUACUAAAAUAUUA